CUUUCACUCUCUGUGUCUCUGUUUCUUUCUGUUAACCCGAACGCGCAAAAUUAAAAGAGAAGUUCAAGCAAAAAGCUUAAUUUGAAUUGGGAAGAGAAAACUCGAAGCAGCAUGGAUUUGGAAGAGGAACAGGAGUAUGAUCAGCAAAUGAUGGAGGAUGAGGAUGAAGGCGACGACGACGAGAUAACUCAGGAGGAUGCGUGGGCGGUGAUAUCUGCGUACUUCGAAGAGAAGGGUUUGGUUCGUCAGCAAUUGGAUUCCUUCGACGAGUUCAUCCAAAACACUAUGCAGGAAAUCGUCGACGAAUCUGCUGACAUUGAAAUUCGACCCGAAUCCCAGCAUAAUCCGGGUCACCAAUCCGAUUUUGCUGAGCAGACAAUUUACAAAAUCUGCUUUGGUCAGAUUUACUUGAGUAAGCCCAUGAUGACGGAGUCUGAUGGAGAAACUGCUACCUUGUUUCCCAAAGCAGCUAGGUUAAGGAACCUCACUUAUUCAGCUCCUUUGUAUGUUGAUGUUACCAAGAGGGUCAUCAAGAAAGGGCACGAUGGUGAAGAGGUCACUGAGACUCAGGAUUUCACCAAAGUUUUCAUUGGCAAGGUUCCUAUAAUGCUUCGGUCUAGUUAUUGCACUUUAUACCAGAAUUCGGAGAAGGAUUUGACCGAGCUUGGAGAAUGUCCGUAUGAUCAAGGUGGAUAUUUCAUUAUUAAUGGGAGUGAAAAGGUUCUAAUUGCUCAGGAGAAGAUGAGCACCAAUCAUGUCUAUGUGUUCAAGAAGAGACAACCUAACAAGUAUGCUUAUGUGGGGGAAGUUCGGUCCAUGGCAGAGUCCCAGAAUAGACCGCCCAGUACUAUGUUUGUGCGCAUGCUCUCUCGAACUAGUUCCAAAGGGGGUUCUUCAGGACAAUAUAUACGCGCUACUCUUCCGUACAUACGAACGGAAAUUCCCAUCAUUAUUGUGUUUCGAGCAUUGGGGUUUGUUGCUGACAAGGACAUACUUGAACAUAUAUGCUAUGACUUCUCUGAUACUCAAAUGAUGGAGUUACUUCGUCCUUCCUUGGAAGAGGCAUUUGUUAUUCAAAAUCAACAGGUUGCACUUGAUUACAUCGGGAAAAGAGGAGCAACUGUAGGCGUAACCAAGGAAAAGAGAAUUAAGUAUGCUAAGGAGAUUCUUCAAAAGGAGAUGCUUCCUCAUGUCGGUGUUGGAGAGUAUUGUGAGACAAAGAAAGCGUACUAUUUUGGAUAUAUCAUUCACCGGCUACUCCUAUGUGCACUUGGGCGGAGGGCUGAAGAUGAUAGGGAUCAUUAUGGCAACAAGAGGCUGGACCUGGCAGGUCCUUUACUUGGCGGUCUCUUUAGAAUGCUAUUCAGAAAGCUAACUAGAGAUGUCAGGGCUUAUGUACAGAAGUGUGUUGAUAAUGGGAAAGAUGUUAACCUGCAAUUUGCUAUCAAAGCAAAAACCAUCACAAGUGGACUUAAAUACUCACUCGCUACUGGUAAUUGGGGGCAAGCAAAUGCUGCUGGUACUAGAGCUGGAGUGUCUCAGGUGCUAAAUCGUUUAACUUAUGCAUCCACUUUGUCUCACUUGCGAAGACUGAAUUCUCCCAUAGGGCGUGAAGGGAAGUUGGCCAAACCAAGACAGCUGCAUAAUUCACAAUGGGGAAUGAUGUGUCCAGCAGAAACACCUGAAGGACAAGCCUGUGGACUGGUGAAGAAUCUGGCAUUGAUGGUUUACAUAACAGUUGGUUCAGCUGCUUAUCCUAUUUUGGAGUUUUUGGAAGAAUGGGGCACAGAGAAUUUUGAGGAAAUCUCUCCUGCUGUGAUUCCCCAAGCUACAAAAAUUUUUGUAAAUGGUUGCUGGAUGGGCAUCCAUCGUGACCCUGAUAUGUUGGUGAGAACACUGAGAAAGCUGAGACGUCGGGUUGAUGUUAAUACUGAAGUUGGAGUUGUCAGAGAUAUCCGUCUUAAAGAAUUGCGUAUAUAUACAGAUUAUGGUCGCUGCAGUCGUCCUUUAUUCAUCGUGGAUAAGCAGAGGCUUCUCAUAAAGAAGAAGGAUAUUCAUGCUUUGCAACAGAGGGAGUCCCCCGAAGAUGGUGGGUGGCAUGAUCUGGUGUCCAAGGGCUUUAUAGAAUAUAUUGACACGGAGGAAGAAGAGACUACAAUGAUUUCCAUGACAAUUAAUGAUCUUGUACAAGCAAGGCUUAAUCCAGAGGACGCAUAUUCUGAUACAUACACUCAUUGUGAAAUCCACCCAUCAUUGAUUUUGGGUGUAUGUGCUUCUAUCAUACCAUUUCCUGACCACAAUCAGUCCCCACGUAAUACAUAUCAGUCUGCAAUGGGAAAACAAGCAAUGGGAAUAUAUGUUACCAACUACCAGUUUCGAAUGGAUACCUUGGCCUAUGUAUUAUAUUAUCCUCAAAAGCCACUGGUCACUACAAGAGCCAUGGAGCAUCUUCAUUUCCGUCAACUCCCAGCUGGAAUUAAUGCCAUUGUAGCCAUUGCCUGUUAUUCUGGUUAUAAUCAAGAAGAUUCUGUCAUCAUGAACCAAUCAUCAAUUGACCGUGGAUUCUUUCGGUCUUUGUUUUUCCGUUCAUACAGAGAUGAGGAGAAGAAGAUGGGAACCCUUGUCAAAGAAGAUUUUGGUCGUCCAGAUAGAGCUAACACCAUGGGUAUGAGGCAUGGUUCUUAUGAUAAGCUGGAUGAUGACGGUCUUGCACCACCAGGCACAAGAGUGUCUGGUGAGGAUGUUAUUAUUGGAAAGACCACCCCAAUAUCUCAGGAUGAGGCACAGGGACAAGCUGUACGUUACACAAGACGUGAUCACAGCAUAAGCUUACGCCAUAGUGAAACUGGAAUUGUUGAUCAAGUUUUGCUGACAACAAAUGCUGAUGGAUUGAGAUUUGUGAAAGUAAGGGUGAGAUCUGUUCGUAUACCACAAAUUGGUGACAAAUUCAGUAGUAGACAUGGUCAGAAGGGGACAGUUGGUAUGACUUAUACACAAGAAGACAUGCCCUGGACUGUAGAAGGCAUCACCCCUGAUAUUAUUGUCAAUCCACAUGCUAUUCCUUCUCGAAUGACAAUUGGCCAGCUAAUUGAGUGUAUCAUGGGGAAGGUAGCAGCUCACAUGGGAAAAGAAGGAGAUGCGACUCCUUUUACAGAUGUUACUGUGGAUAAUAUUAGCAAGGCUCUACACAAGUGUGGAUACCAAAUGCGAGGUUUUGAGACUAUGUACAAUGGUCAUACAGGGAGGCGUCUCAGUGCAAUGAUUUUCCUUGGCCCUACAUAUUACCAAAGACUGAAGCAUAUGGUUGAUGACAAGAUCCAUUCUCGUGGACGAGGUCCUGUGCAGAUCCUCACAAGGCAACCUGCUGAGGGACGCUCACGUGAUGGAGGUCUCCGAUUUGGAGAGAUGGAACGAGAUUGCAUGAUAGCCCAUGGAGCUGCACACUUCCUAAAAGAAAGAUUGUUUGACCAAAGCGAUGCAUAUAGGGUCCAUGUGUGUGAGCGUUGUGGGUUGAUAGCUAUUGCAAAUCUCAAGAAGAAUUCGUUUGAGUGCAGGGGUUGCAAGAACAAAACUGACAUUGUUCAGGUUUAUAUUCCUUAUGCUUGUAAGCUGCUCUUCCAGGAGCUAAUGGCUAUGGCCAUAGCUCCAAGAAUGCUUACGAAGGAGGUCAAAUCUAUUAAAGACCAAAAGAAGAAAGGAGCCUAAUAAACAUGGUUUAUGUAUUCUUUUUUUUUCAAUGACUGUUAAAUUAUGAGAUCCGGAGCCUUUCAAAUGUUGAAGUCACAAGCGAGUGGUUUUGAUGGCACUUGCUGUUGUUUCCUCCUGCGUCUAAGGUUGAUGUAGCCCCUUUUACAUUUGCUUUUACUUUUUCUCUAUUCAAGGGUGCUCGUCUCCUAGCAACUAAUAUUACAGAGCAUUGUAUAUAUAAUGGAAGAGUUGUUUCUGAAUCACCGGAAACACAAUAGCUUGUUUCUUAUUUGCCAGUAUGAGUUGGGUUAGGGGGAAUUUCUGUAAUGUGAUUUUUAAUGAAGCAAUGAAUUCAAGAUUUUUUUGUAACACUUAACGAUUUCUUAAAUGUGUUUCCAAUU